UGCUUUCCCCCUCCUUGUAUCUUCCUCUUGCUCUCUCGCUCCGCAUAAGCUCUGCUUCUCUUUCGUUGUCGCGAGAGAGAUCUGUUUGGGCUCAGAUUCUUUGUUUUGAUUCAUUUUAGCAGUUCGCUAUGGGUAAGGAAAAGGUUCACAUCAACAUAGUGGUCAUUGGUCAUGUCGACUCUGGAAAGUCGACCACCACCGGUCACUUGAUCUACAAGUUGGGAGGUAUUGACAAGCGUGUGAUCGAGAGGUUCGAGAAGGAGGCUGCUGAGAUGAACAAGAGGUCAUUCAAGUAUGCCUGGGUGUUGGACAAGCUCAAGGCUGAGCGUGAGCGUGGUAUCACCAUUGACAUUGCUCUGUGGAAGUUUGAGACCACCAAGUACUACUGCACUGUCAUCGAUGCUCCUGGACACCGUGACUUCAUCAAGAACAUGAUCACGGGUACCUCUCAGGCUGAUUGUGCCGUCCUCAUCAUUGACUCCACCACUGGUGGUUUUGAGGCCGGUAUCUCCAAGGAUGGUCAGACCCGUGAGCAUGCAUUGCUUGCUUUCACCCUUGGUGUCAAGCAGAUGAUCUGCUGCUGCAACAAGAUGGAUGCCACCACCCCCAAGUACUCCAAGGCCAGGUCCGAUGAAAUCGUGAAGGAAGUGUCUUCCUACCUGAAGAAGGUUGGUUACAACCCUGACAAGAUCCCCUUUGUCCCCAUCUCUGGUUUUGAGGGCGACAACAUGAUUGAGAGGUCCACCAACCUUGAUUGGUACAAGGGUCCCACCCUUCUUGAGGCUCUUGACCAGAUCAAUGAGCCCAAGAGGCCCUCGGACAAGCCCCUCCGUCUGCCUCUUCAGGAUGUCUACAAGAUUGGUGGUAUUGGUACUGUCCCAGUGGGCCGUGUUGAGACUGGUGUCCUCAAGCCCGGUAUGGUUGUGACUUUUGCUCCGUCUGGAUUGCCAACUGAGGUUAAGUCUGUUGAGAUGCACCACGAGGCUCUCCAGGAGGCUCUCCCCGGUGACAAUGUCGGGUUCAAUGUCAAGAAUGUUGCUGUCAAGGAUCUGAAGCGUGGUUACGUUGCAUCCAACUCAAAGGACGACCCGGCAAAGGAAGCUGCCAACUUCACAUCGCAGGUCAUCAUCAUGAACCACCCCGGUCAGAUCGGUAACGGGUAUGCCCCGGUGCUCGACUGCCACACCUCCCACAUCGCCGUGAAGUUUGCAGAGAUCUUGACAAAGAUCGACAGACGUUCGGGUAAGGAGCUGGAGAAGGAGCCCAAGUUCUUGAAGAACGGAGAUGCGGGUAUGGUGAAGAUGAUUCCGACAAAGCCGAUGGUGGUGGAGACAUUCUCGGAGUAUCCGCCUCUGGGGCGUUUUGCGGUGAGAGACAUGAGGCAGACGGUUGCUGUCGGAGUCAUUAAGAGUGUGGAGAAGAAGGACCCGACAGGUGCGAAGGUGACAAAGGCAGCUGCCAAGAAGGGUGCCAAGUGAACGUUGUUGGUCCAAACUCCUACUCUAUCCGCAGAUGAAAGAAGUAGAAUCUUUCAGAGUGUUUCGAAAGAGGAAGACUUGUUACUUGUUAUUCCUGGUUUUUAUUAUUGUUAUUUUGCUGUUUUGCUUUUGAGGUUUUUGUGGUACAGCUUCGUCUCUCCGUCGUGUGAGCUCCGUUCUCGUAACUGGGUUCUCGAUCGACGGUGGCGGCGUUAAGCUUCUCCACUGAAUCUCCGAUGGCAGUUUUUGUUUCUUUGUUCUUAUGUCUCCGGCUCUGUUCCGAACCUUUUUUUUUUCAAGUGUCUUUGUUUUCCGUACCUUUAUAUGACCAUCGCUUUCUGCGUUUA